AUGAGUGUGCCGCCUUCAGAGUCCGCGAUGCUGCCCCUAGAGCUCACCCUAGUCCUCGCAGCCACGAGAGACAUGGGCAUUGGCCUGCGAGGGACCCUCCCCUGGACCGGGUUGAAAAAGGAGAUGGCCUACUUCGCCAGGGUCACAAAACGACUACCUCCUCCUGGCGAACCCCCUGUCAUGAAUGCUGUGAUCAUGGGCCGCAAGACGUGGGAAAGCAUACCGCCCAAGUUUAGACCGCUCAAGGGAAGGCUCAACGUCGUGAUCAGCCGCUCCUUUGGCUCUUCACCAGAAGAGCCAGCCAGUGUGGAGACGGAACCAGUCAAGGCUUCUUCUCUGGAGCAAGCCAUCGCAUAUGUUCAACGAAAGCCUCAGGGAGCCUUGGGGAGGGUUUUCGUAAUAGGCGGUGGCCAGAUAUACGCUGCGGCACUGGAAUUGAAGGAGGCAAAGAGGAUCUUGCUGACAAAGGUGAUAUCCGACUUUGAAUGCGAUACAUCCUUCUUACUGAAACUCAACGAUGAGGGCGAGAGUUCUCCGGGUUGGGUGAAGAGGUCGAAGGAGGAACUGGACAGCUGGACUGGAGAGGUGGUUCCUGAAGGUGUUCAGGUGGAAAACGACACGUCUUAUGAGUUUCAGAUGUGGGAGAGGACGAGUUGA